CUCUUCAAAAUCAAAAUCAAAAUCUUGAUCCUUCGAUCUUCCAAUUCUCAUUCAUUCAAUUGCAAAUCAUUCAAUACAAUCCAUCUCAACUGCUAAACCCCAAAUUCUAGUGAGACAGAGAUCUCCACUCCAUAGAGAUUUCUCUCUCGCACCGCCACCGCCAUCGCCACCCCUGACGGCCGAUGAGAUGGGCAAAGUGUCGGUCAUCAUCUACAUCACAAUAGCUUUGCUUCUGCUCCUUCUCAUAUCUCAGUCCCCCAAUAAAUCCAACAACCGGAACAACAAUCGCCGCCACCGUAGACUGAAGCUCCGCUCAAACUUCUCCUUCACCCCCACCACCACCACCACAGCCGCAGCCGAGCAUCAUGUCUCAUUCGAUCCUUUGGUGGCCGACAUUGAGCGCAAGAGAGAGGACAGAUUAUGGGAGAAGAGUCACUUCUUUGACGACCAUCAUCAUGAAGGAGAAGAGGAACCAGAAGCACAUGCGGCUCCUGGGAUGGAGUCACAGCCGGAAUGGGAGGACUUUAUUGACGCAGAAGAUUACUUGAAUGACGAACAUAAGUUUAAUAUCACCCAUAGAUUAGUUUUGCUUUUCCCAAGGAUUGAUGUCGACCCUUCUGAUGGCUUCGUGACUGAACACGAGCUCACGGAAUGGAACCUGGAGCAAUCGCAGAGGGAAGUCCUUCACCGCAGUCAGAGGGAGAUGGAACUGCAUGAUAAGAACCACGACGGCUUAGUUUCUUUUGCUGAGUACCAGCCUCCCACUUGGGUUCGUGAUUCGGAUAAUAAUUCAUUUGGAUAUGAUAUGGGUUGGUGGAAAGAGGAGCAUUUCAAUGCAUCUGAUGCUGACGAGGAUGGUUUUUUGAAUAUAACCGAGUUCAAUGACUUUCAGCACCCUGCAGACACUAAAAAUCCAAGACUGCUUCAGUGGCUGAGCAAGGAGGAAGUAAGGGAACGAGAUACAGACAAAGAUGGGAAGGUAAAUUUCAAAGAGUUCUUCCAUGGGCUAUUUGACCUGGUAAGAAACUAUGAUGAAGAUGGUCAUAAUUCUUCACACGAGUCUAGUGAUUCAUUGGAGUCCCCAGCAAGGACCUUUUUUGCUGAGCUUGACAAAGAUGGGGACGGAUACUUGUCUGAUGUGGAACUGCUACCUAUAAUUGGGAAGCUUCAUCCAUCAGAGCGUUACUAUGCUAAACAGCAGGCAGAUUAUAUUAUAUCACAGGCUGAUACGGAUAAAGAUGGACGGUUAUCGUUGACGGAAAUGAUCGAUAGUCCAUAUGUAUUUUAUAGUGCAAUCUUUAACGAGGAUGAAGACGAAGAUUACGAAUACCAUGAUGAAUUUCGCUAAUACGAGUUUAGUACUACGAUUUGUUUGGUCUGUAUGGUUAUUUAUGUUUGCAGGCAGGCAGCAUAUGAUAGAUUUUGUAGGGUUUGAUGAAAGAAACAAUGCAUGGUCUUCAUCUGUAAUACCUAGGUUCUAAAGCAAUUUCAUGUCAUUUUUCAAGAUACCCAACAUUUUUGUCAUUUU